AUGUGGAAAACCCCCGAGCUACGCCACAUACUACUUGAUAAAAGUAAUCAUUGGUGUAACGGUACCGCUAUCCAAUUCCCCGGAGAGGAGUCAUUCCACAAGCUGACUGAGAGAUGGAACACCUUCGAGGCGCCGACGUACUCUGCAGCUAUCAGCCCCGCCACUGAAGCCGACGUGGCCAAGACGGUCUUGUUGGCAACGAAGAACCAAAUACCUUUCCUUGCAACAGGGGGUCGACAUGGCUACACUACCAGUCUGGGGCGACUGCAGAAUGGCCUCGCAAUCGAUCUCAGCGCUCUCAACACAGUUGAGGUGGAUGAAUCCGCUGAGACCUUAACAGUCGGGGGAGGGGUGCGCUGGAGCCAGGUGCUCGAUCCUGUGUUUGAUGCUGGUUUUGAAAUGCAGACUGGCAUAUGCUCCUGCCCGGGGGUUAUCGGUGUGACGCUCGGAGGAGGCAUAGGACGCUACUCAGGCCGCUUUGGCCUCGUCAUCGACGCACUGCUAUCCGUACGGCUUGUCACAGCGGACGGCCGCUUAUUGAAUGUGUCUCAAAACUCACAUCCAGACCUAUUCUGGGGGAUCCGCGGUGCGGGUGGAAACUUUGGAGUUUUCGCAUCAGCUACCUAUAAACUGCAACGAAUUGGCAGCGGUGCCAACCACAGCCAAGGCCGUGUCUUGAUGGCCGACAUGGUGAUUCCUGCCGCACAGGCUGCUGAAUACUUUGAGCUACUGCAGUCAUUCAACGACUACAUGCCGGAGAACCUUGCAAUAUACUCCAUGAUCAUGUACAGCGAGGCUAACGAUGAUGCCCAGCUCAUGAUCAACUGGGUCUACAUGGGCCCAGAGUCAGAAGGACGUGUAGCGAUGCAGCCACUGCUCAAGCUCCAGCAGCCACAGUCCUUGGUCAGGAUGGUGCCCUGGUCCAAGAUAUCAGCCUCGCAGGGGUUUGGUAUGCUGGAUGUGGCGUUCUGUCAAGGAGCCGCGAACCGCAGUGUUUAUGGUGUCAAUGUCCGACAACUGCACUCCGCGACUUAUCAUUCGGUGUUUCAAAAGAUGAGAAAUUUCUACAGAGAAUAUCCUGAAGCCCGCGGCAGCGCUCUAGCACUGGAAACCUGGCCGAACCAAGCGGCGAUGGCAGUGCCAACUGAGGCCACUGCGUACCCGUGGAGGGACGCCAAGGGAAACAUUCUCAUGGUAUUCUCUUGGUCAGGCUCUAGCCCCGAUCGUGACGAGGUCUUGGCAGAUGCUUCGAACAAGCUAGGUCGCGAGCUUCGCGCUGAUUUCUCCCAAACAUCGGGGUAUCCGGACCUGUCCGUUUAUGUGAGCUAUGCACAUAGUGAUGAGACGAUCGAGCAGGUUUAUGGGAGGGACAAGCUGCCGCGCCUAGCGGCAUUGAAGAAGGAGUGGGAUCCCUUGAAUGCAUUUGCAUACAACAACCCUCUGCCUACAGACUAUCCCUCGAAGGAAGUCUAGUGGAAGAUCUCGGGUUGAUCAUGGAAAUUCAAUUAUGUCAUGUG